AUGACGAAGUUGCCUGGAGUCAGGAUGAUCGACGUGCUUGCUGACCUCGACGAUGGGUCUUGUGUCCAUCUCUCGGAGCAGCUGGGUCAGUAUUUGGGUCAGCUGCGCACGCUGGACUCUAUGGGACGUUGGGAGAUGGUUGGGAAGAAGGGUCGUUAUCAUCAAGGCUAUUUCAAGCUCUUGCCGUGGUCACUUGAGCGGCAGACCCAGCCCAACCCUUGCAGCGCUACUUGCGCCCUUGACUUCCUUGACUACUUCUUCAAGGCCUGUCCGUCACCUAUCGUGCCAGACGGGGUGAGAAAGCGCGCCCUCGAUGCGUUCGACCUUAAUCGCCCUUCUUCCUUCACUCAUGGUGAUCUCCUACCGGAGAACAUCAUGGUCGACAUGAGCGUAGCUGGACGUCCUCGGAUUACGGGGAUCUUCGAUUGGGAGCUUGCAGGGUGGUAUCCAUACUUUUGGGAUUAUUUUAGAGCGGCCAGUCGAAGGUUACCCUAUAAAGCAGGGCAGUGGUCGAAUUGGGUAAAGAUAUUUUCGCCUUGCAUCGAGUCUCAUGUAGAAGAGAACAAUGCAUUCGGCACACUUUUGUACUGGACUUAUGAUGGCGUGUUCGAGAUGCCUUGGACUACUAAGCGGCUGCAGAUUACCUAUAAUAUGGUCCCCUCUUUGUUGCGCUCACCACAAGACUUCAAUGGGUAA